AUGUAACGGUUUAUUUGUUUCGUGUAGUUUCACAAUACUUAGGUUGUUACGAGUGUACGGAUUUAAGUAUACAUUUUGAGAGAAAAUACUUUAUGUCGAAGUUGUGCCUGUUAUCGCACUCGUAUCUGCCCUCUCAUUGGCUAGAAGGGUCCCACCUGAUCUUGCCUCCCGGACUUCCUUCCAUUUUUGAAGACAUUUAUUUUCAACGUUAGAGUGGCCAAUGGAGUGUCUGGACAAUAUAAUGGCUUAUCUGUGAUAUAAUAGACGAUAUUUCAUUUAGUUAAUUGACUGAACUAAACCAAGUAUGGACAGCGUUUAUGUACUUUCCGGUUCCACGUUUUUAUUUUCCUUCAAUCAGAGGGGUGUUUUGUAUGAUUGACAAACAUCAUGAGAAUAUUUCAUCGUAGUGGUUUAUAGGAGGGUCCAAUUUAUUUUCCACUAACUACUCCCGGAAGAUAAACCUAAACAUUAGAAAAUGCUGUAGCCACUUCGUAACAAACUUCCAAUAAAAACACAGUAUUAUUCAUGAUAUGGAUUUUACAGAUACAUUUUUAUAUCUGUGACAAAUCCUCUGAUCCAGGCUCAUCUCACGCUUGACCAGAACUUGCCAGUGUCACAGUUAACGUACCCCCUCCAGGCCACCCCUCACUUAAAUGAGAAUGUCUCUGGCCCAGAGAGUCCUACUGUCAUGGACCUUCACCCUCAUAUUCCUCAUCAUGCUGGUCCUCAAACUGGACUCCAAGAUCCACUGGAACUGGUUCCUCAUCUUCCUCCCUGUAUGGACAUUUGACACCAUUCUCAUCCUCAUGCUGGUGGUGAAGAUGGCGGGUCGGUGCAAGCCCGGGUAUGACCCACGGGACGACCAGCAGAACCUGCAGCAGAGGGUGUUGUACCUGGUUGCAAUGCUGCUGAAACUGGGCUUCUGUCUGACGCUGUGCGCCCGGUUGGAGAGGCUGACGGACAUCUGGCUCAGUGUGGUGUGUGUCCCCCUCUGGGCCAUGCUGGUCGGGGCCAUGGUGGAGCUUGGCUACAAUGUCUUUCACUACCGGAGAGACUGAGAGGAGGGAGAAAGAUGGAGAUUGAUUUUAUUUACUCAGUCUAAAGACUGCAACUGAGUCUGUAAGGGAGGUGAAUGGGAGAGUAUUGUAAUCCACUGCAGGAGAAACUGAACUGAAAAGGACUGUGAUGAAGAUAACAAAUGGAUUGGAUUAUUUUACUACAGCAGAGACUGAAAGAAGGGGGGUGAAGGGAGAUUGUUCCCACUAGUACAGAAUGUAAAGACUACUACAAUAGAGACCGAGGGGGAGGAGAGAGUAGUGAAAUGGCACUAAUGACAAUGUAUUUGACUUUAUGAUGCUCCUAAAUGUAAUCUUUAUUUCGCCAUAGUGAUGCAUCAAGCAAUGUUGCAGCCAUGAUGGUCUCUGCCAGGGGAACUGAAGUCAAGACUGGGACUAUUCCACAGCUGAUCCACAGCUGAUUUGUUAUUGCUCAGCUAUAAUUAAAAACAUUUGCAUCUGACUAGGAGCGUGCAGAAACUUUUUCCUGUUUCUUCAGAAAAUGUUACGAAAAUACAUUUACUUGAAGAACAAUGCAAAUGCAAAGUUUGGUAACUGAAUUACAUUUUGUGCUGUUUACUGUCAUUUUGUUAACAAACUUUUCAUUGUUUUUCAAAUAUAUGUGUGGGACUCAGUGGUAAUCGACUCAAUUGAUGCUCCAGUGUAUAAUUUUUCUGCCUUGUGAUAUUUGAGACGUGUUGGUUGAGAAUUCAGAGAAUUCGUAAGCAGACUCGAACCCUUGCUCUCCAGACAGACUGACUGGUCUGUGCAUGUGCCUGUGUUAUUCUCUGAUAACUGGGACCGUUAGGUCCAAUGGGUUUAUAUGUGAACAUUGGUAUUGAUUAUGUUUCUUUUAAGUGUGAUAGGGAUAUGUUUUCCCCUGGAGACCAUGAAGAAACACACAAAUCAUAAAAUGUCUCUACUUUGCUGAAGUUUUCAAAUAUCUGCCUGGGUUGGAUUGGUGAAAGCAGAAUGACUGAUUAUACAACAGUAGGUCCCUGCAUUCAUUUAUCCAAUCACAUGCAGAUCAGUGACUACCUCAAAGAAGGGAGAAGGUGUACAUUUUCUAUGGUUUGGAACAUGGCUCAGUGUGAUAUGAAGUGAAUUAUAUAACUGGUAAUCUGACCCAAUCCAGAGAGUAUGGAGGGGGGGAUUGCCUGCCCUCCGGGGUGUUGUGUAAGAGGUCUUGGUGACUCGGGACAGGACUUGUACUGUUACUGGGUCGUUCCACAAAAUGAGUGCCUUUUGCGUUCCUUUGAUAUUUUAAGUAGACAUUUUAAAAGCCUGAAAUUAAGACUGUUAUAUUCAAUGAAGUUCCCUUUAAUAUAGACCACAGAGAAUUAAAUAAAUCAGAUUUUUUUAUUUGAAUAAAGACUUGCUAAAGUGCCAAAAUUCAGCAUUUUUACAUGUCCCUCUGUGACUUCCAGGAAGAUUUUAACCCACUUUUCCCCAAAAUCUCAAGUUUUUACCAUCGUUGUAAAGCCCUAAUUAGGGAGUGAACAUUAUUUAAAAUAACGGUUACAUGGAGAAAAGCGGACCUCACUGCAGCAAAAUAUAUUUGACAUAAACCCUCCCUGAACGCUGAAAAAAAAAAUGGCCCUAUACCAAAAAUAAUAAUUAAAACAAAGUGGAUAGCAGAGAACAUGUCUACAGUGCCUUCAUAAAGUAUUCACACCCCUUGACCUUUUCCACAUUUUAUGUUACAACCUGAUUUUAAAAUGGAUUAAACAUGGAUGUUUUGGUCACUGGCCUAAACAAUAUUCCAUUAAUGUCAAAGUGGAAUUGUGUUUGUAAUUGUUUUUACAAAUUAAUAAAACAUUGAAAGCAGAAA